AUGGAAUCUGAGACUGAAUUUGAUUCCGAGUUCGUUCAAAAAUACGGUCCAGUGCGCGUGCAAUGGAUUGAGCCUCCACCGAGCGACAGACUCUUUGUUAGGCCAUAUGCCUUAAACUACUUUUUUGACGGGAAACUAUAUCGCACUAGGCAGGAACGUGGCUCUGCUGUGUUUGAGCUCUUUUUCGACCUCUUAUACGUUGGAAUCAUUGCUAACUUGGCUGAGUCUGCUAUAGAAGAGGCUACGGGUGCCUCUUUUGGCAAAUAUGUCCUUCUCUUUUUGGCUGCGUGGCAGAUAUGGGCGGACAUGAGGGAGUUUAUGGACUAUUAUUAUAAUAACGAUUUGAGUCAAAAGGCUUAUGUUCUAUGGAUUAUGGUACUUUUGGUAGUAUAUGCUAACAAUGCCAAUACGAUAUUGAUGUCGAAAGCGCAAACUGGACUGGUCGUGGGCUGCUACAUUUUGGCUCGCUUUAGUGCGAUUCUUCUCACUCUCGUUUACACUGUUUUUGUGAAAGAGCACAGACGCCAAAUGAUAUGCUUCUGUAGUCUCACCUGCAUUUCACUGCUAGUGUUUGGGUUCAUAAUCGUUGCUCCUCUACAUGGCAAAAUCGCGAUAGCUGCUGUGUGCUACUUUUAUGACACUCUCGUGUACGCAAUUACCUUUCAUCCUUGGUUCAAAAGGCUUAUAGGCGCUCGAUACUCCACUGCAGUUAAUAUCGAACAUGAAGUAGAGAGACACGGAGCCUUUGUCGUCAUAGCUCUAGGAGAGUAUCUGUACACCAUAGUAGCCUCGUCUCCAGCGGCGAGCGGCUUCAAUGAAAGGACAGCGCGUGCGAUCAGUGUUCUCGUUGUAGCCUACUGCCUUUCGUGGUUUUACUUCCGUGGAGAGGGCUCCAAAAAGGCGGUACAUGCUCUUCGCCGCAGUGUAUUGUCGGCGUACUGUUGGAUUUACGUUCAUAUUCCUCUCAUGAUCUCUCUUAUAAUAUCGGCGGAUGCAGCCGGAGCGCUUACGAGAUCGCACUCUCUUUAUGCCAAUGGCGACUUGGAAUCGGACAGUUUCGAAACAGAGAGACCGCAUUAUCUACACUCUGUCCAGAUUUUCUAUGGUGCGGGUGUUGGUGUUGCCAUUAUUUGCAUGAGUGUAUUAGCUUUGUGUGAUAAAAGCUUAGAUCCGAUCGGUGCUAGCAAAAUUUCGUCAAAGGUUCGACUCAUCCCUCGGAUUCUAGUAUCAUUCGUGGUUUUGGGUAUAUCAUUUGCCCAUAUCAAAAUUACGCUGUAUAUGGGAAUCAUCGCACUGUUGAUGAUUCUCCAGCUACUUUUUGAGACUAUUGCUGAGCUGCCAAGUACGGAAAACGGUGAAAUUGCUUUGUAUGAGACAAAUCCUGAAAUUCAACGAAAUUAG